CUCUAGAUCGGACCAGUUUAUAGCCUUUGGUCUGAUCCAGACCUUUGUAACAGAAGACUACAACAAUCUCUUUUCCCAUACCAAUAACUCCAUCCCACGUUUGAUCCUACUAUAAAACAAGGUCAACUCCCCACAGCACAAAAGUUGUGAAGAUUUAUUUCAACUCCGUCCCUCGUUCCAUGUCCUGAGCCAUCAAAGAUCUCUGCUUGAUCAUGCAUUCAGCAGUGUUCUUAAGGCGAGUGUUCUGUCUUCUCCGGAUCUCAUGAUCUAACAGAGACCGCGAAUUGAGUUUAGUGAUGGCUCGGUUUCUGAUGAGGGGAUUAAGCAUAGAAAAGCAUCGGCACAGCAGUGCGGCAUUUGAAGCUAUGAUCGUCCACAGCCGAGAGUCGAGCGUAGGGCUUCCAUUAGAAGGCCAUCAGAUUGGCUCUGCUCCCGUCUGCUUGUCCGACAAAAGACCAAAGUCGCGGUUUAGUGAGGAAGGAGGAGGAGGAGGCCCUUCAUCUGGUAAGUGUCUUAUCUCCGUUAGGAAAAACAAAGUAACUUUGAUAUCAGGAUAACUAUAAUUUCAAUAUCGAUUGCUAUACAGAGAUGGAUCUAAUGAAGGAGAGAUUUUCAAAGCUGCUUCUUGGGGAGGACAUGUCAGGUGGUGGCAAAGGAGUCUCAUCAGCUCUUGCUAUUUCAAAUGCAAUCACAAAUCUUGCUGGUACUCUCAUUUACGCUUCCAUUUUGUUCUCGGCAAUUUUUUCUUAUUAGACCUUGUUUUAUAGUUCCAAAGGAUUUUCUUUAUCUCCAAAUUGUUUCCUUCAAUCUUUAUGGUUGCAUGCAGCAUCCAUAUUCAGUGAGCAAGGACGUUUGGAGCCCAUGUCGGCGGAACGGAAAGGAAGGUGGCAAAGAGAAAUCGACUGGCUAUUAUCGGUCGCCGAUCACAUUGUAGAAUUUGUUCCUUCAAAGGGUGGAGCCAACGUCGAGAUAAUGGUGACUCAACAACGCAAAGAUCUCCAGAUGAACAUCCCCGCACUGCGCAAACUCGACGCGAUGCUCAUCGGCUUUCUUGACAACUUCAAGGAGCAAAGGGAGUUCUGGUAUGUUUCGAGAAAUGCCGACGAAGCCGAGCAGGGCAAUCCUGACAUUAGAGAUGAUAAAUGGUGGCAUCCAAAGGUGGAAGUCCCUCCAUAUGGGCUCUCUGAGGUCCUCAGGAGGUGGCUCCAGUUUCUGAAAGAAUUAGUGAAUCAAGUGCUGAAGGCAGCCAUGGCAAUCAAUGCUCAAGUUCUUAUGGAGAUGGAUAUUCCGGAGGCCUACAUAGAAUCUCUCCCAAGGAACGGGAGAGCAAGCCUGGGAGAUGCAAUUUACAGGAGCAUCACGGAUGAUUUCUUCGAUCCUGAACACUUCCUCCAAUCGAUGGACACUUCGACGGAGCACAAGGUCCUUGAUCUCAAGAACAGGAUUGAGGCCUCCAUCGUCAUCUGGAAGAGGAAGAUGCACAACAACAAAGAUGGGAAAUCGGCAUGGGGCUCAGCUGUCAGCUUGGAGAAAAGGGAGCAAUUUGAAGAGAGAGCCGAGACUAUCUUGCAUCUCAUCAAGCAAAAGUUUCCGGGCAUCCCUCAAUCUGCUCUCGAUAUAAGCAAGAUCCAAUACAACAAAGAUGUUGGGCAGUCAAUUCUGGAGAGCUAUUCGAGGAUCCUAGAAAGCUUAGCUUACACGAUCAUGUCGAGGAUUGAAGACAUUCUUUAUGCUGAUUCCCUCGCGCAACAUCAAUCGAGUGAUGAUUCAGACAGAAAGCAGUCGUUGCCGGAGGCAGGACUAGUGAAGAGACUGGAUGCCAGGGAAGAAGUGGAGAAGUUAAAGGAGGUACCAUCGAUGAUGUCGCUAUCGGAUUUCAUGGGUUGGCAUUAUGUGGAGCUGGAGGCGGAACUGGAGAAGAAGAUAGGAAACAUCGAAGACAGUUUGAACUCAGAAGAGAAGUCUAAGGAGCCCAUCGACACUGUGACCAAGAAGUACUCCUUCAUGGAGAAGUUGGAGAACGAAGGAGGCUUGAGGAGUCCAACAUCUCGGCAUUAGAAAGAGCAGAGACUGCGAGUUCGAGUGCUAGCCGAGAGGCAAAUUCAACCCAAACGGAUAGGUCUUAGGGGUGUGUUUUAAGUUUGCAA